UGUGCUAAGCUGCCGAAAUUCAGCGAUCGAUGUUCAGACGUGUCACCAGCUCCAUGAUCUAAAUAUAAGUACUGGAUCCUUUAUAUAUAACGCGCGCAAGAGGCGUAUUUUCUUAUAUUAUGAGGGCCAAGAUUAGGCCUAACCUGACCAAUGUCGUCGUCAGCAUGACGAGGCGUGUCAACAACUAGGACGUGCAGGUCACAGCAAAAAUAGUUUUGAGGGACGAAGGAUCUCAGGAGAUUUACUAUAGUAACUUAACAAAUACCUCACUGAAGCUAGAGCUAGUGUCCCUAGUGUUGUGUAUGGGACAACUGAAGCUAGAGCUAUUGUCCCUAGUGUUGUGUAUGGGACAUUAAAUGUGCAUUCUGACACGCAGGAUCCAAGAAUAUGUAUACAAAUGAUUGAUAUACCAUAAGAUAUGGGCGACGUAAUCCUGAUCAGUAUGUCAAAGCAACACGAUAACUUAAUGUUGCAAUAGUUACAUUAUUUCAUAAUAUCAACGCUUGUGCUUUGUGACCCGUUGAUAGCGGUAUAUAUAUAGCUAGCGUAGACCGGGUGUAUACAUAAACAUCUGGACUCAUUGAGACGUAACAAUGUUUGAUAUUACACUGGAACCUUUAACUGGCUCAAGUGGACUAGUAUGGACACUUUUCGUUCUAAGUGUGGCAUAUUACCUGUGGGACAGGCACAAGAGAUUGAAAUCCCUGCCCCCGGGGCCUACACCACUCCCACUACUAGGAAACAUACUUAAUUUGGCAUCUAAUGACCAGAUAGAAACUUUUCGUAAACUGCGUGGAAAGUAUGGGGACCUGGUCACUCUUCAUGUGGGGUCCAUCACAAUGGUGGCGGUCAGUGGUUACGACACACUCCGGGAACUCUUCGUCAAGCGUGGUGACGUCACGUCUGACAGACCUGACCUAUUUGCAUUCAGGGUGAUAACAAAAGGCGAAGGAAUUGCCAGCAGAUCUGGACCGGAAUGGAAGACACACAGAACAUUCGCUAUCGGAGGAAUGAGGGAUUUUGGCUUCGGCAAGAAAAGUAUAGAGGGAAAAAUAAUGGAAGAAGUUGAAGUAUUUCUGAAUGUUCUUGACGAGAAACAAGGACAAGCCGUGAAUCCCGAUUCUUGUAUCCAGACCAGUGUUGCAAACAUUAUAUGUGCUAUUAUAUUCGGUAAGAGGUUCGAGCAUGGCGAUCCUGUAUUUAUAGAACUGGUAGACAUGGUAAAAGAAAACUUGUCUCUUAUCGGACCCGCUGGGAUUCUCAACCUCAUGCCUUUUCUCCGGUUUCUCCCAGGGGAUCAGUUCGGUUGUAAAAAAGUCCUUCAAAAUGCCAAAAAAGUCGAGAAGUAUCUUUACAAAUUGAUUGACGCCCAUGCGAAGGACUACGACAAGGAAAACAUUAAAGACUUCAUCGACGUUUAUUUAAAGGAGAUAAAGAAUAAAGAAGGACAGGGCACUUCCUUCACAGUGUCUCAGCUAAUGAAUUCAAUAGCAGACAUGUUUAUUGCUGGAAUGGAGACUACAACAACAACUCUUCUUUGGGCCAUUUUGUUCUUCCUUCACAACCCGGAUGUACAGGAACGUUGUCACGAGGAGGUUACGAGGGUGGUAGGAGAGGGUCGUUUCCCAUCCCUGUCAGGACAGACCACACAUGCCGUAUAUUGAGGCCACAAUCACAGAAAUUCUCAGGUGUGGAAAUAUCGCUCCGCUCGGUGUGCCACAUGCAACAAGCACUGACGUAAAUUUCAAAGGAUAUAUAAUUCCUCAAGGAACCAUGUUGAUUCCAAACAUCGGCUCUGUCCACACUGAUCCUGUUCUAUUUCCCGGAUCCGGGUAAAUUUAACCCAUCAAGAUUCAUUGACAGUGAUGGCAAAGUUCACGGAACGGAACAUGUUAUACCAUUCUUUUUCGGUCGCCGUGUGUGUAUGGGUGAGGCUCUCGCCAGGUCAGAACUGUUUCUCUUCCUAACCUCCAUGGUUCAACGGAUCCAGUUUAAAGCGAUUGACCCAAAUGAUAUCCCACCCUAUAAAAGGCGAUUUAGGAGCGACAUUCAAACCAUGUACUUAUCAAUGUGUCGCCGAGAAGAGAGUUUAGAAUAAGGACUGGUAUAUGACUGCUCUCUUUAUUCCAUUACAAUAUGUCUAUGUUUUCAUUGAUACAGUGUCUAUGCAAGACACGGUAGUAAUAGAAGUGUCGACAUUCCGACGGUGAUAUUUUUUAUAUAAAGUGUCAUAUUCAG